AAGGCAAGGGAGUGGCUUGGCUCGAGUAAAUACCUGUUCCACUUACACCUUCUGUUGGAGUUAUAGAGUCAGUCAGGACUAGGAACCAAUCUAUUAGAAAUAACUAUAGAACAUUUCUGUGCAGAUGCUCGUGGAGGAACAUGUCCUUGAAUUAGGUGUGACAUCAGUAUGACGUUAUCAUUCUCUCUACCGUGAGAAUGUACGAGGUGAUGCAGGGAGACACUACCACCCUGUCCUGGAGGCUACCCAGCCCCGGCCACAACGACGGCCCACAACAGAGCCCCUUCAGCGGGGAGGGAGGACCCACCAAGAUCCUCAAAGUCUGUUUUUCCACCAAUAACACCCUGGGGAAGAACUUCAAACUGGUCAAGUGUGACAGCUCCUGGAAGAUCAGGGCUAUAGUCCAGUCUAUCCUGACCAGUGGUAGACUGGGCCCUAACAUCCAGUAUAAAGGCUGCUAUGGUCUGCUGCUGAAGCACCUCAAGUCAGAUGAGCUCCACUGGCUCCAUCCAGACCUGACCGUGGGGGAGGUGGAGCAACGCUAUGAGAGUCAUCACGUGGAGGCAGAGUGGAGGUAUGACCUGAGAGUCCGCUACAUUCCAGUCAACUUCCUGGAAAAGUUUAAAGAAGACAGUACUACACUUCUGUAUUUCUAUCAACAGGUGCGUGCUGAUUACAUGCAGUACCAUGCCAGUAAGGUCAGUGAUGGGAUGGCCCUGCAGCUGGGCUGUCUGGAGAUCAGGAGGUUUUAUAAAGACAUGAACGCUAAAGGUUUGGAGAAGAAGUCCAACUUUGAGUUACUAGAGAAGGACGUGGGGCUGAACCUGUUCUUCCCACAGGAGCUCAUUGACCGCAUGAAGUCUCGUCCUCUUCGGAAGCUGAUCACCCAGACCUUCCAGCAGUACGCUACUCUGAAGGAGGAGGAGUGUAUGGUUCGCUUCUUCAAAACGCUCACUGAAUUCAUCAACGUUGAUGAGGAGGUCUACCCCUGCGAACUGGUGGUUCGUGUUGCUGUUGACUCAGCAGUAAGCAUGCAGGGCAUUCGCCAACGCACCCAUAAAGACUCAGCACCUGUGUGUCUAGCGGAUUUCAAACAGAUCAAGAGCAUCAAGUGUUCGUCUCAGAGUGACGGCAAAGCCCUCCUCAACCUGGACAUAGACGGAGCCAGACAGCCUCUGUCUAUCAACGUGACUAAGUUUGCGAUGGCAGAAAACAUGGUGGACCUUAUUGACGGUUACUGUCGCUCUGAGCACGCCACUGACGAGUCGUUCGUCGCUAGACCAAACAAAGAUGCCAAUUUACGAAGUUCCCUGCCAGACCUUCCCACGAAUCAAACGGAGAACACGGACUCCUUCAGAUAUAGCAUGGGAUCUGACAUCUACGCUGAGAUUGACGAACGACCAAAAUCUGUGGUGAAGUAUGGAAUUGACAGACACGACAUUGUUCUGGGCCGGAUCCUUGGCGAGGGGUUUUUCGGGGAGGUCUAUGAAGGAAUGUACAAGAAAUCGAAUGGGGAGAGACUAAGCGUGGCGGUGAAGACCUGUAAAGACUGUUCACCUGACGUCAUGGAGAAGUUCAUGAGUGAAGCAGUGAUCAUGAAGAACCUGAACCACCCCCACAUCGUCAGUCUGAUCGGUGUCAUAGAGGCGAACCCUGUCUGGAUCGUGAUGGAGCUCUACCAGUAUGGAGAGCUUAAGAACUACCUAACAGAGAACAAGAACAAACUCACGAACAUAACGCUAGUUCUCUUCAGCCUGCAGAUCUGCAAAGCUCUAGUCUACCUAGAGGGAAUCAACAUGGUGCACAGGGACAUAGCGGUGAGGAACGUGCUGGUGGCCACAGCAGACUGUGUUAAGCUGGGAGACUUUGGCCUGUCGAGAUACAUUGAGGACGAAGAGUAUUACAAAGCCUCUGUGACUCGAUUACCUAUCAAAUGGAUGGCUCCAGAAUCCAUCAACUUCAGGCGAUUCACCACGGCUAGCGAUGUCUGGAUGUUCGCGGUGUGUAUUUGGGAGAUCCUGAGCCAGGGGCAGCAGCCUUUCUUCUGGUUGGAGAACCGUGACGUCAUUAACCAGCUGGAGCAGGGCAUCCGACUACCCAAACCUGACAACUGCCCUCCUGCCCUCUACUCCCUCAUGACCCGCUGCUGGUCCUACGACCCCCGCGACAGACCCUCCUUCACUGAGCUGGUUGUCAAGAUAAGUGACGUCCACCAGAUGGAGAAGGAGCAGGAGGUAGAGAGAGAGAGAGACAGACAACGCUCCACCAAGUUCUUUGACGCCAAGAUCAACUUCAACGAACCUCCUCCUAAGCCCUGCAGGAUGAAACCUGGGGGUCGUUUUGGAAACGGUAUCGGCCUGCACAUUCAGCUGAAUGAGGCCCUUUGUGCCAGCUCUCCAGACCUGGCCAGUCCCUGUGACUACACCUCUCCUGUCGACUCCAUGAGCAACAGCUUGGUGGUUCCCGUGAUAUCUCCACGACGACGCAGCAUGGGGGAGGGUGAGUUGAUGGUGGAGCCGUCCAGUAAGGAGGACGCCCAGCGGUUGUGGCAGAUGGAGAGAGAGCGUAUGCAGGAGACGAUGAGACAACAGAAACAACAGAUGAUGGAGGACAACAAGUGGCUGACCAAGGAGGAGAGACUCCUGUUACCAGAACCAGAGACUGGACAUGCCCCGCCAGACAAGCCCCUGCAUCUCACCGGCCCUAAAGCACAGGCCGCCCCUACGACCCAGGCCGGCCCUACGACCCAGGCCGGCCCUACGAUCCAGGUCGCCCCUACAGCCCAGGCCGGCCCUACAGCCCAGGCCCGCCCCACUGCAGAGCUCGACCGUUCAGAUGAUAAGGUGUACCAGGCGGUCAUGGAGCUGGUCCAGGUGGUGGUGCAGCUGAAGAACGAUGUGAACACACUACAGCCGGAGGAGUACAUCACUGUCAUCAAGUCUGUAGGGCUGACCUUAAGGAGUCUGAUACGCAGUGUGGAUGAUAUUCUGCCGACCCUCCAUAAGUCCAUUAGGACAGAGAUCGAGGGGACCCAGAAGCUGUUGAACAACGACAUGUCAGAGUUGAUCAGUAAGAUGCGUCUGGCCCAGCAGAACGCCAUCACCUCUCUGAAGGAAGAGUGUAAGAAACAGAUGCUGACUGCAGCACACAACCUGGCCAUGGAUGGGAAGAACCUUCUGGAUGCUGUGGACCAGGCCAGGGUCAGGGCCAACCUGGCCAAGCCCAAACCGGAGACCCCAUAGUGGGGUAAAUACCCACGGGACACCCACUUCUUCUUUUUUUUUUUUUAACUGGAGGACAGGUCAGAGCCAAGUAUGUUGCGACUGAAUGGAUGGACUUGGCAGUGCAGUGGUCAAGGUUCCAUUUUAAGUUGAAUUAAGUCAGAAUUCAAACUAUCAGAAAAGAUUACUUUCACUUUUCAUUUUGUGAUUGGUGUUAUGAUUUCUGUAUCAUCUCGUGUCUUGAAUUGUAUCGGUUAUUUUAAAUAGUUUCUCUAUCUGUUUAGGUAUCCAGGUUAAUUUACUGCUAGGUUAUUUUCACAUGUUUCUAGCAAUACUGGCCAGAUCAAUAGAUGUAUUAAUUUGCAUAUGUGUCGUUUCAUGGAAUGUGUAAUAUUUGUUUCUAGACUACGAGUUUGACCAAAUAGAUAUAAUACCCAUUACCUUUCUGUUUUUACAUCAGGUUUGUAGUAUAUUACAUUUAACUGACAGUAUUGUAUUUUUUAAAUAUUUUUAAAAUAAGUAAAAGUAUGUUUUCUGUGCUAUGAUAGAGAAUUUAGGAAAGUUAGGAAAAUGCCAGUUACUAUUUGAAUAUCCUGCACCCUUCAAUGUUUCCCCCUCAUCUUGUGUAUUCAUCUGUAUCAUCAUGGAUAGAGACAAUGGACCGAUCUUAAAUAAACAUGUCAGACACUGUGACAAAACAAGACCUUUACAUCUUUAGUCAAGAAGGAAUUAGUUACAUAUAAUUGAUCUUUAGAUGGUCAUUCAUAUAUCUGUUGAAAUUAUUAUUAUUUUUUUUAAAGUUUAUGUUAAGUGGGAAAAAAAAAUGAAAAACUGGAAAAUGAUAUCUGCAUAAAGCCAUUUGAUCUUGGUGCUAUCUGCUAUCCAAUCACAAGCAUGAACCAAUACAGGCGAACCAAUCAGAACACGUCUUUACCAUCUCCCUCCUAAGUAUGGUUGUAAUUGGCUAGUCUGGCCAACAAUAAUGGAACGCAAGCAACAAAACAACAACACACUGUUCGGUGAUGACAACAAGUACUCUGAUGCUCGUAAUACAUUUUAUGAAAGGUGUUCUGACUCUCUAUUUGAUCUAAAUAGGGUAUUCAUCUGUCAUUUAUGUAUUCAAAUAGCUAUAGUAUUCUUUAACACUUAGAUGUGUAUUAGAUUGAACCCAGAUUGACAUUUCAGAGCCAUAAGGUUCUAUCCACCUGUGAUUGCACCCCUCCCCCCCCUAAUAAAACUUGUUUUACAAAUG